GUGUGUGUGUGUGUGUGUGUGUGUGUGUGUGUUCCCCAGGAUGUGAAGGACGCCCUGCGGCCUCGUCUGUGUGUGAUCCCCAAGGGUCCUAACGGCUACGGCUUCAACCUGCACAGUGAGAAGACACGCCCCGGUCAGUACGUGCGCGCCGUAGACGAGGACUCACCCGCAGAGAGGGCGGGCCUGAAGCCCAAAGACCGCAUCCUCGAGGUGAACGGCACGGGUGUGGAGGGCAAGCAGCACUCUCAGGUGGUGGGGAUCAUCCGCUCCGGGGGAGAGGAGACGACCCUGCUGGUGGUGGACCCAGAGACAGAGAUCUACUUCAAGAGAUGCAGAGUCACACCCGCCCUGGAGCACCUCACAGGACCCCUGCCUGAACCAGCCACCAACGGAGACAUGGACGAGAAGGUGAAUGGAAAAGUUGCUGAGAAGGCGGAGCCUAAGGUGUCAGUCAGCCCCUCUCCAUCCAACGCCUCCUCUAACGCCUCCCUCUCAACCCCGCCCACUUCCACUCCCCCACCAGAGGUGGCGGAGGCCCCCCCCGCUCUCAGCAUGUCCCUGAAGCAGGUGAAGGAGAUGGCGCACCAGAAGAGGAUCCAGAAGAGAGCGCCCGCUAUGGACUGGAGCAAGAAGAACGAGCUCUUCAGCAACCUCUAGGACCACACACACACACACACACACACACACACACAUAC